UAUCAAAGCAAGCUAUACGGCAUAAAAACACACUUGUCCGUAAGUAAAUAUUUUUAGCAAGUAAUUAGGAAAUGGCGGAAGGCAACGAGGAAACUCCGCCAUUUUAUAACUAUGAAGAUUUAACUCCAGAAUGGACAGUGAAUAUAGGGCCUAUAUAUGAUACUCUCAUACUUCAUUUACCAGCUGGUUUCACAAAAGAUAAUGUAAGCAUUGGAGUUUCAAUCAAGGAAGGUGAAGAGAAGUUUGUGACCAUCAGUGGACAUAAGUUGGGUGAAGACAAAAAGUGGUUGCGAUUUUACAAACAGUUCAAGGUUUCCAUUAACUGCGAUUUGAGUAGAAUGUAUGCUACAUUUGAAAAUGAUGAGAAAGAUCAUCGGCUGCGUCUGCUGCAAUUCAAACCCUCAGCGAUGGAAGAAGAAGAAGUAUUUGCAGUUGUGGAUGAUGUAGAUCCCGCCGCCAUAUUAGCUUACAUGGAUCAUUUUCAUGUCCCACGCUUUGAACAUACUGAAGGAGUUCAUGCAGAUGCUAUCACCAUUGAUAUACCCCCUGGUACCAAAGAUGAUGACGUAGCCGUAGAGGUCAAAAAUGGUUAUCCGUACAUCGCCAUUACUGCACAUAGACCACGGCGAGGCGGGAGGAUAUCUUAUGUAAAUGAAGUGUAUAAUCGGCCGUCCAGAUUUAGGGGGUGGGUUCGGUUUUUCUCAUAUCUAGGCGGUCAUGGUUUUCUUCGGUACGAUAUGAGCCGAUCCGAAAUUAAAAUCGAAAAAGGUGAGAUCCAUGUCACCCUACACAAACACGUCAUCCCUGCUGCCUCCGUUGAUGGUUCUGCGGCACAACAGAAGGAGAUGGUUGCAGAUGAUUUGGAUGGCCCAAAAAGUAUUGUUGAAAAGAUUGAAAUCAUGGAAGACUAUACGGCGGAAGAAAGUGUGCCCACCGCCGCACAACUUGAUAAAGAAGAGCCAAGAAGAAUGAGGAUGAUGAUGACGACUAUAGUUGUUCUUUUCGCUAUUGGGAUGGCCGGGUUGUUUGUUAAUAAAAGAACGUAGUAAUAAUAAUUACCGGGAAUAAUGAACAUUUAUUAAUUAUCUAUUAUUUCUCACUCAUUAUAAUGUACUCGCAAUGUUGAGUUAUUACGCAUUUACGC